AUGACAGCAAGUGUGUCUUCAAGCCCUCAGUACAAGGCUACUUCUGCAAACAGGCAGACUAUGCAUUUGUCAUCCUGGAAAAUUUAGACACCAGCAUGGUCAAGCAAGAGCUGUUUCCAGUAGUAGCAGUGACUGGCAGCUUUAUGGAUACCUUCAGUGACGGAGCUUCAGAUGCAUCGUGUCGUUCUGCACAGCACCCUUCUGCUCUCUUCUCUGUACUGCCAACCACCAGACUCACAACAGUUUGUUUCCCAGACCUAACGCCUCUGAUUUUCAGACUCUACCUCCUCAGUGGGCAGAACUCAACCAGACUGCCCCUUGCUAUUUUCUACAACGAACCCCUCAGCCUUCGUGUCUUCACUGAAGGGAAAUAUAUCUCUCCAACUCCAUCUUCCUUCUCGUGGAAUGAAGGGGCAGGAACCAAUUAUUUUAGCUUUGAGGACAAUCUUCUCUAUGUCCUUCUUCAUGAAGAGGAGCCUGUAGAAAUAGUCACUGGCCUUUCUCUUCAUGUGGCUUUCACUGUGACUGAGACCACUGGGGAAGAGGGUGAGGCAAAUAUCAUGCAUCAAUUGGCUGAUUUCUUGCAGGUUGGUCAUGAUCAAGUCAGAAUAGUCUAUCGAGUGCCAGGAGGUGAAAGCAUGUUGGAAGUCAUCUCAGACAAUGCUAGCAAAAAGAAAUAUCACUGCCCCAACAUGACGUUUUGCACGACCUUUCAUAGCAGAUCUGGAUCAUGGGGACGAGGGAGAGCAGCAGUAAAUGCUCGAGUUGUGCAGUCGUCUGAUGCAGCUGGUCCAUCAAAAGUGCUGAUUUUUGAAUUUGGUGAUCCACCAGGCCACCAAAUAAAUGAGUUCCAGCGUUCCUUAACAAUUGACAGUUUAAAGAUCCUGGCUAGUGCAGUUAUCAAUGCUCAUCAGACUGGAGACCUUCAGACAGUCCUGGGCUUACCGGUUGAUACUAUAAUGGUGAAUCAGCCUGACUUACUGUUCUCAGGAAGAGAUAAUAGGAGCUGGAAGCUUUCCUCAGUGUGCAAGAGCUCGCCAUCCCCCAGCGAAGCUACUUAGGAAAGGAAGCUGAAGACAGCUGUG